UAAAAAUUUUGGUAUUAUUAGCAAUGAGUGCCAUAUAUUUUUUUGGAACCUCAACCUUCAGCAUCAGAGAAUCUAUUUAUGGAAGAAUUGUGAGUGAUAUUAUGCGUGAAUUUAUGAAUGAGCCAGAUAACAAAACUGGAACAUUGAUUUCUUUGUUUGCAGCUGUUAUUGUGCAAAUUACAUUCAUAAUUUACGCUUAUUUAAGCUUAACUCUGGUUGAUUUCAAGCAAUACUUACAGGAUAUCACAGGAGGUUAUGGACUCAUAGAUCGCUACACAGAGUGAUCCAUAUUUUUAUGUCAGAGAAAGCAGAGUGCCAGGACUCAGGCUUCAUUAAUAGAUGCUGAAGAUUCAACAUCAAGCCAAGUAAAUGCUUUAUUAGGUCAGAACAGAGACUCUCAAUGAGUUUGGGAUUGUUGAUCUGUUCUAUCAGAAGCAGAUGAUGAGUAUAAACAAAAUUAUGAGGAAAUUGCACAGAAAGAGCUGGCAUAUAGAUCAAGUGUCUAAACUCUGGUGCGAAAUUUUUACCUAAAAGA